GAAAUGUUCAGAUGGAGAGCAGCUUCUGUCUGCGAGCGCUGAACUUCAGAGGUCUUUUACAGGUUGUUUAAAGCGUCAAGGGCGGAAAACAGCAAACCUCCUCCUCCUCCUCUGCCAGCCUAUCUUUCCUCUGGAGGAAAGGGGCCAGUGUGCUGCAGUGGAGGAAAGGUGGUUGACGGCGACACCGAACCCGUCUCCAAAAUCGGAGAAAUCUCAUCUCUCGAAACGGCUUGGCAAAGAAUCAUCGCAAGGUUUCCUGGAGGUUGUUUGGAUAGUUGAUUAAAACCCUGCAGCCAUGUCACCUUUCCUGCGGAUUGGCUUCUCCAACUUUGAGAUCGAUGCCGGUCUGGCCUACCAUGAGGAGGUGCUGAACCCGUACUGUGCUGUUCACAUGAAGGAGGCCAUCGACACAGAAAAGGGCCCAGUGUACAAGCAGAAGAAGCCCACCAUGUACCCCCCCUGGAGCACCACGUUCGAUGCCCACGUCCACCGCGGUCGCCUCAUGCACGUGAUGGUGAAGGACCGGACAGCAGAGCUGAAGUCUGAGGCUACGGUGGCUCUGGAUUUACUAGCAACACGAUGCAAGAAGGAGAACGGCAAGCUGGAGAUCUGGCUGGAGCUGAAGCCACAGGGCCGCCUGCGGAUGGAGGCCAGGUAUUAUCUGGAGAAAAGCGAUGCUGCAGGUCAGACUGAGGGGGACCCGGAGUCCGAACGGGAGAGGGAGGGUCUGUUCGCCCUCCACCAGAGGCGAGGCGCCAUCAAGCAGGCUAAAAUCCAUGUUGUCAAAUGUCACGAGUUCAGCGCCACGUUUUUCCCUCAACCGACCUUCUGCUCCGUCUGCAAAGAGUUUGUCUGGGGUCUCAACAAGCAGGGUUACCAGUGCAGACAAUGCAAUGCAGCUAUUCACAAAAAAUGCAUAGACAAAGUAAUCGCCAAAUGCACCGGUUCAGCCAUUAACAGCAAAGAAACGAUGAUCCACAAGGAGCGUUUCAAGAUCGACAUGCCCCACAGGUUUAAAGUCUACAACUACAAAAGUCCCACUUUCUGUGAACACUGUGGUACUCUGCUGUGGGGGCUCGCCAAGCAGGGGCUCAAAUGUGAGGAAUGUAGCAUGAACGUCCAUCAUAAAUGCCAGAAGAAAGUAGCCAACCUCUGUGGGGUCAACCAAAAACUGAUGGCUGAAGCUCUGGCCAUCAUCGAGAUUAAACAGCAGGCCAAAAGCACCAGAGAAACUGACAUUAUUGGUCGAGAAGGUCCAGUAGGUGUUGGCCAGCCGGGAAUGGUUCGAGGUCCAUCUGCGUUAGCAACGGGUGGACCGCCCACAUCUACACCUGGAAACAAAGAGUUGCAGGGUGUUUCGUGGGACGGACCAACUGAUGUCAGCAAGUCGAUCACUGAGGCGCUGACAGAAGAGGAGCCUCUGUACGCUGUUCCCAGGAAGGACCAUCAACCCAAAUUCACGGUUGAUGACUUCAUCCUACACAAGAUGCUCGGGAAGGGCAGCUUUGGCAAGGUGUUUCUAGCCGAGCUGAAAAAAAGCGGGCAGUUCUUUGCAGUGAAGGCUCUAAAAAAGGACGUGGUGCUGAUGGACGAUGACGUCGAGUGCACAAUGGUAGAAAGGAGGGUCCUGUCUUUAGCGUGGGAAAAUCCUUUCCUCACGCACCUGUACUGCACCUUCCAGACCAAGGAGAACCUCUUUUUUGUGAUGGAGUAUCUGAAUGGAGGAGAUCUUAUGUUCCACAUCCAGAACUGCCACAAGUUUGACUUGCACAGAGCCACCUUUUAUUCAGCUGAGAUCAUCUGUGGGCUACAGUUCCUGCACUCUAAAGGAAUCAUUUAUAGGGAUCUGAAGCUGGAUAAUGUGUUGCUUGACUCUGAGGGUCAUAUAAAGAUAGCAGACUUUGGAAUGUGUAAGGAGAACAUGCAGGAUGACUCGCGGACGUCCACUUUCUGUGGAACACCAGACUAUAUCGCUCCUGAGAUCCUGUUGGGUCAGAAGUACAACAGUUCAGUGGACUGGUGGUCAUUUGGAGUGCUGCUGUACGAGAUGCUGAUCGGUCAGUCACCGUUCCACGGCCGCGAUGAAGAGGAGCUGUUUCAGUCCAUACGAACAGACAACCCUCUCUAUCCCCGCUGGCUCACCAAAGAUGCCAAGGACAUUCUGGUCAAGUUGUUUGUGAGGGAGCCUGAGGAGCGCCUGGGAGUGAAGGGAAACAUCAGACACCACAAUUUCUUCAGCAGCACUGACUGGAAGGCCCUGGAAGAACGCCAGGUGGCUCCACCCUUCAGGCCAACUCUGACGUCACCCAGUGACUGCAGUAACUUUGACAAAGAGUUCAUCAAUGAGAAGCCCCGGCUGUCGUGUGCCGACCGGACACUCAUCAACAGCGUUGACCAGACAAUGUUUAGAAACUUCUCCUUCGUUAACCCGGGGAUGGCUCGCAUCACAUGCUGACCACCCGACCAGCAAGCUACUACCUACAAACACGGUACUCAGUCAUGACUGAAUCAAAGUGCAGAGACUUUAGACCGUGAAUGUCACAAAACUCAACUGUAUCCGUAAACAUGAUGAUAACCACUAAGGGUGUGUCCUGGGCAUAAUGCACAACUCAAUUGUAACGGGAUCUUUGCCACAUGUCUCUUCUGUUUCUCCAUACUACAAUUUCACAUUAAAAUAAAAAUAUUCACAAAAAACAUUGUGAAUAACAGCCGAGGAACAACAUGUCUGCACUGAGAUGAGGCAAGGAACAUAUACCAAGACCAUUUGCAUAAUAAUGAUCAAUUUACCUGAAGUCCAUUAUGAUGCUGCGCAUAUAAUUAGUUAAAUGUGUACAGGCAUCAGUCGUUCUCAUAGUGUAAAUCAUAACUCCAAGUCAAACAUAACCAACUCCUUCAGUCUAAAAGCAUACAAAUAAUGAUCUACAUAAUUCCCCCUUAAAGAAUUUAACCCCCUUAACCUUUGUGUUUAUCAAUAGAACAUGUAUUCUAGUUACCUUAUGGUGCCCCAUAAUACUUUAAGUACACUUCUUCAGGUAAAGAAAACUGAGAAAUUUAGUUACACCAAAUUCAAUAAUAAAUGGCCAGUUGUGUAAAUAAAUGUAAUGUAAUUCUGUCGAUAUACAGCAGUCAGUUGGAUGUAGAUCUGUUAAUGUGUAGCAGAGUUCAAUUACAGGGAUUUUGUUGUUGUGUGUUUUCUUGUCAUACCUCAGGAGUUACAUUGAUGCUGUUACUAGAUCCCUGCAUACUGUAAUUUUCAUUGUUCUCUUCAUUGUGAAUCAUGUUCAAUAAAAUGUGUGGUUUUUUUA